AUGUCUCUACCGGGCCUUGGUGCUGUUGUAGUUGAGCCGUCUCACUCGGGUAUCAUGAUAAGCGGUGCUGCAAGUAUGAUCGUUCCUGGACAGCAAACCAACAUCAACGAUGUUGCAAUCUCGUUCGACACCUCCGCUUCGUUCAUUGUCAUAGAUGGUAGUGCGACGUUCGGGCUUCCUCCACCGAUUCCGACAACUCCACCAGCACCUAUCGUACUCGGCGGGACGACCAUUAAUCUUGAUCAACUCGCUACACGACUGGAUCCGGGCGAAGUCACUACCAUCAACAACCUUCCCAUUUCCCGAGAUACGUCGGCUUCGUUCGUGGUCGUGGGCGGCACCCAGACGAUUCCGCUACCGGAAUCAAUCCAAGAGUCUGGCCCAUCUGCAGUGAUCGUAGGCGGGACGACUGUCAAUAUCAGCGAGCUUGCUUCUGAACUCGAGCCUGGUGAAGUAACCACCAUCAAUAACAUCCCCAUCUCAAGAGGCGGUUCGGGUUCUUUUGUGGUCAUUGGUGGCACCCAAACCAUUCCGCUACUGGAAACAACUCAGACACCCGGUCCAUCUACAGUGGUCAUAGAUGGAACUACCGUCAAUGUCAGUGAGCUUGCGUCGGAACUGGAGCCAGGUGAGGUGACCGUCAUCGGCACUAUGACCAUCUCACGCGAUUCUUCCGCUUUAAUUGCUGGUACAACAACGAUCGCGAUUGAUGCAGCAGCAAGCAGCGUAGUCAUCGGUGGUACAACGAUCUCUCCGGGUGCUCUUCCUCCUGGGUUCUCUUUCAUUCCUGCGACUAAUGGUGGAGGCUUGCUUUUACCAAACGGGCAAACUUUGAUGCCUGGCGCCAUGACGACAGUUAGUGGUAUCGAGGUUUCACUCACUCCUGGAGAAACACCUGUCGUUGUGGUUGAGGGAUCGAUGUCCAUCACCGCAUCUGUUACCGCGGAUGGCAACGACGGCAACUCUAUCAACAGCGGUAGCGGCGGUUUCGGACAGCCGACGAGCACUACCACAGGUGUACUGGCGGAUUUCACUGGUGAACUGUGCACUCUGCUUUCUCUCCUUGACGCCAUGACCUCGCAACCUCACCUAGAAGAUGAACACUCUAUAUCGAGUACCGAUGCGCAGCAUGCAAUGCUUCAACAAGCACAGGCCGCUGCUUCUGCCGUCCAGACUGAAACCGCAGGAUCAACGCGACACGACACCCCUUUGCAAACGACUGACCUCAUCACUUCCGAUGCGAUAGACGAGGAAGUUCCGCCUCCUCCAUAUGGCGACAUCUAUGGCGAGAUCCGGAACGAAAAAGAUGGCCUAGGCACCAGCGCAAGCGUCACCGAAGACGGCCGUGUCAAUAUCCGCAUCAACCAGCUCAACCGACGUUUAUCCCAAGUCUUUACUCCAGCUUUACGUGAACACGUUCAGAGUGUUCAAGACAGCAGCCCGCCUCCUCCUGCAUACAUCCCACCUUCAUUAGGAGGUAAAGAAGGAGUUCCACCCCCAGCCCUGAAUGUGGUUAUCCAGGUCGUCGGCUCGCGCGGAGACGUGCAACCUUUUGUUGCUCUCGGGAAAAUCUUGAAAGAGACCUAUGGCCAUCGUGUACGUCUGGCAACUCAUCCUACAUUCAAGAAGUUUGUAGAAGAGAACGGUCUUGAGUUCUUCAGCAUUGGUGGCGACCCUUCUCAGCUGAUGGCUUUCAUGGUCAAGAAUCCUGGGUUGAUGCCAGGUUUCCGCAGUCUGGCCAGCGGAGAUGUCGGUCGCCGAAGAAGAGAUGUCGCGGAAUACAUUCAAGGCUGCUGGCGAUCGUGCUACGAAACGGGUGAUGGGAUGUCCGACGACCACGGUUCAGAUCGCUCCGCAAACGACGCCGGUUCUUUCCCUUUUGUCGCGGAUUGUAUCAUUGCCAACCCACCGAGCUUCGCACAUAUUCAUUGCGCAGAGAAGCUGGGAAUACCCCUUCACAUCAUGUUCACCAUGCCAUACUCUCCCACCCAGGCCUUCCCCCACCCUCUGGCGAACAUUCAAUCUUCUAAUGCUGAUACUCAACUCACCAACUACAUCAGCUACGCUAUGAUCGAAGCCCUCUCAUGGCAAGGCUUGGGCGACAUCAUCAACCGGUUUCGCGCUAAGUGCCUCGGCUUAGAGCCCGUGAGUAUGAUCUGGGCCCCAGGAAUGCUCCAGCGCCUCAAAGUUCCUCACACAUACUGCUGGUCUCCAGCUCUGAUCCCGAAACCGAAGGACUGGGGCUCUCACACAUCCAUCUCUGGUUUCUACUUCUUGAAUCUGGCCUCUAAUUACACGCCUACGCCUGAGCUGCAGAAGUUCCUCGACGAUGGACCACCGCCGGUGUACAUUGGUUUCGGAAGUAUUGUUCUGGACGAUCCAAACGCAAUGACGGAACUCAUCUUUAAGGCCACGAAAAAGAUUGCAGGCGGAAGACGUGUACUGCUUUCUAAGGGUUGGGGAGGUAUGGGUGCGGAAGAACUUCGCGUUCCUGAGAACGUCUUCAUGUUAGGCAAUGUGCCGCAUGACUGGCUUUUCAAGCACGUCGAAUGCGUCGUUCAUCAUGGUGGUGCAGGGACUACAGCGGCAGGCAUCGCAGCAGGCCGACCUACGUUAGUCAUACCUUUUUUCGGCGAUCAACCUUUCUGGGGCGCAAUGAUCGCGGGAGCUGGUGCCGGCCCCGAUCCAAUUCCUUACCGACAACUCACAUCGGACAAACUAGCAGAUGCCAUCAACUUUUGCUUGAAGCCCGAAAGUCUCGAGCGUGCCAAAGACCUUGCAAGUAAGAUCGCUACGGAACGAGGUUGCGACAUGGGCGCUCAGUCAUUCCACCAGUAUCUCGAUCCCGACCGACUUCGUUGCAACCUUGCACCAUCUCGAGUAGCCGUGUGGCGCAUCAAACGCACUCAAAUCAGACUGAGCGCUUUUGCCGCCUGCACAUUGGCUAAUGCCGGUCUUUUGGAUUUCCAUGACCUCAAGCUCUUUAGGGCACAGGAGUAUGAGACUGAUGAGGGUCCUUUGGAGCCAAUCUCUGGAUUCGGUAUGGGAAUACUGAGAACGUUGGGCAGCAUGAGUAUGGGGAUAGCUGAGAUGCCUUCAGAAACGGCGAAGGCUGUACAGGCUCCUUUUGGACCUAGUAGACAGCAGUCUGACACAUCAGUACGAAACGCCGCAAAGAGGAGCGAGUCGUCGCUAGUAGGAGAGAGCUCCGCUUCACCAAGCUCACAACAACACCCCCAUCCCAGUGCAAUGGAGCAGAAACCGCUUGCCCGCUCUCAGACCACCCCCAACCUCCCCACUCCGGUAUCUCGGACUCCCAGCGUAGCAUCCAGCUCGAGCAAAGACAACGACAUGCUACGCCCCACUGGCCUACGCACAAGCAGAGGCUUCGGACGCAUCGUAAAAGCCGGCGUGCAAUCCCCCAUGGAACUCUCCGUCGGCAUAACCAAAGGCUUCCACAACGCACCCAAACUCUGGAACGACACCACCGUGCGCCCCCAAGAAAAAGUCUCUGACCUAAAAUCUGGCAUGGUAGCCAUAGGCCGCGAAUUCGGUUUCGGUUGGUACGACGGCGUCACCGGUCUAUUCACACAGCCCUGGAAAGGUGCCCAGAAAGAAGGCGCCAGUGGUUUCUUCAAGGGCGUAGGAAAGGGGAUUGGGGGGUUCAUAGCUAAGCCGGGGGCGGCGCUGUUUGGGAUACCGAGUCAUAUGAUGAAGGGGGUGCAUAAGGAAGUGCAGAAGAGGUUUGGGAGUAGUGUGCAGACGUAUAUUGUUACUAGUAGGACGGCGCAGGGGUAUCAGGAGUGGGUGCAGAGUGGGGAGGAGGAGAAGGAGGAUGUUGUUGAGAGGUGGGGGUUGAUUCAGAAGUAUUUGAAGAGGAAGGAUGGGCUUGAUGAGAUGAUGAAGGAUGUGCUGGAUGCGCAGCGGCAGGGGAAGGCGGGUGAUGAGUCUACCGCGGAUUCAGUCUGGUCUGCGGAUGCUUCGAUCCAAGAUCUCGAAAGUGCCACACUCACCUCGGAGUACGAUUCGCAAACUACGGAUACCGAACUUGAAGUACCGCUCGGAGCGGCGGAGACCAGCGGGUCUAUCCACCAGCCAGUACAAGAUACGCCGUGCGCAGGCGCUGAAGCGGAAUCCAGUGAGGAACUACUCCAUGCCAUGGCUUCCAGCGAAGUCGAAGCGCAGCGACUAUCAAGAGAAGCCCUGGAAUACGAAGAACAGCUGAAGCAAGCCAUGGCGCAAAGUCCGAAAGAACAGCGUCAGAUGAACGAAGACAAUGGAUGGGAAGAGCUCGAUAGGGAGCGAGUAGGAACAUCGGAGCAAAUGGCAGCUACAACGAGUGAUGCAUCGCCAGGCGCCCAUCGACCCCCUUCAUAUGAUCCUGGCCAUGUCGCAGGCACAACGCAAGGUGAAUACCAGGCGCAGCACCGAGGGGAGAAGACGAUGGAGGGUAAGACGGAAGAAGAGAUUGUGAUGGCGUAUGUCAAGAAGCAAAGUCUUUUAGAGGCGCACCAUCAGAGUAAAGGCAAAGGGCGGGCUUCGGCUGGGGUGGAUGAGGACGAGGAAGAGUUGCAGAAGGCGCUGAGCUUGAGUAUGCAGGGGCAUGAGUGA